CUCAUGACCGGUUGGUGGAGAACGAACAGCUGAAACGGGGGAGCGAACCUGCUGGAAAAACAGGACGAGAAGUCCGCUUUCGAGUAGUUCCGGUCCUGGACUGUCGAGAACUGCAGCACAACUUCACGCUGGCACUUGUAAGGGGGUUGUCCAUAGCUUUUGGAGAUGAUCAGCAAGCACUUGAUGAGAUCUGCCAACUAGAGACUGCAAAGCAGUUCCGAAGCUUUGUGGCUUGUCAGCCAGCAAGGGUGCUCUUUGUGCUCGACCAGUACGAGUGUGUCCUCGAACCGGGCAACGACACUCUGAAAGGAUAAGUGGAGACGCUCUUGUUUGAUCAGAGGUCUUUGCUCGUUGCUAGUGCUAGCAGUAUGGCAGUGAGAAAGUUGGUUUCAGCUUCUCACAAGUACCACAAGUGGGUCCAGCUCGACCCCGCUCUCACAAAGAAGGACCUGUUUGCUUGGAACCUGGUGUUUGGGACGAAGGCCGUGCUAACCGAGGAGCGAUACCGGGACUGGCUGGAAAUCCUGGACAGGAACCCGCUUCUGCUACAUGCAUGGUACACGACAUGCAGGGAGGCAGGGGUACCCGUGCGGAGUAUCGAGGGUAAAAGUGAGGAGGAGGCGGCUGAAAUAUUGGAACAGGCUUCGCGAGCAGCAAGGGCGGAGGUGGAUGUCGAGGGUUCGGCGGGGGAAGUCUCUACAGGGAUUGAAUGCGGUGGAUGAGAUAGAAAAAACGGGGCCGAGCAGGCGUUCAAGAACCAGACUAACUCUUCGAGAAAGCGGCAGCGCUAUGAAAAGGGUUUGGUAGAAGAUUACGGGGAAUGGUCUGCUGAGGGGCGGAAGCCAGAGGCAUGGCAACCAGGCCUUGGCCAAUCGAAGCCUAUCAGGGAGCCACGAGAGUUAUCUGGUGAAGCAGCCUCAGGGGGAGGGGACGAGGGGAUGUCUCGAUGGCCUUCCUUUGAGGAUCUGCAUGCAAGGUUCCUUCAGCAUGAAAACGUGCAACAAAUAUAUGCCGGUUUCCAGAGAAGCUAUGCAGAGGCAAAGAGCGAAGGAGAAUUCUCGGUUAAAACGUGGAAGACGACGCACCUGGACCUACUGAUGAGCGGCGAAAACUUUCAAAGGGUCAGUGGCAUCGGCCGCAUCUGUGGUCGGCACUUUGAGCUUGAUAGGUCCGGGUUUCGAGCCAGACCUACGAGCACUUUGGUGAGGAAGUUCUUGGCGCGAUUCCUAGAGCAAAUAGCAGAGAGCGGGGACGACACUUCUGACUGAGUCCGACAUUGUUAGCUUUUGGAUUAGUCAAAAUCAAAUACCUGGGCCCGUGGCGGUGACCGGUGCAAGAUCGAG